UUGAAUAAGCCCCGCCCUCACCCGAGAACAAACACAUCUUCAAAUAGGCGCACGUGUGAUGCCGCUGAGGCAAACAUGAGUGUGUGUUAAUAGGAGCACAGAGCAAAGGGGAAGAUACACACGAAUAUACCAAGAAGAUCCAGCAGCCCUUCCAGCUCUUUUACGCGCAGAAAUACUUAUUCCGCAGCGCCUUUCUAAACUUCUGAACGACUCUGCCUCCUUCAGUGGUAUGGAGAUGGAUAAUUAUGAUCCAGAGGUGCAGUUGAAAUUGUCUUGUCCAGUAUCAGAAAAAGUCGGUAAACAGGGCAAAACUCGAGAGAGAGGCCAGUGGUCAAAUAAAAUCGAAUUUCUCCUGGCCGUUGCUGGGCAAAUCAUCGGUCUAGGAAAUGUGUGGAGGUUCCCAUACCUGUGCUACAAGAAUGGUGGAGGAGUGUUUUUUAUUCCAUAUUUGGUCUUCUUAUUUUUCUGUGGCAUUCCACUGUUCCUCAUGGAAAUAUCAUUGGGUCAGUACACCAGUCAGGGCAGCAUCACCUGCUGGAGGAAAAUCUGCCCCCUAUUUGAAGGAUUGGGCUAUGGAACUCAGGUGGUUGUGUUAUACUCCUCCAUCUACUACAUCAUCAUUUUGGCAUGGGCAUUCUUCUAUCUUUUUUCUUCCUUUAGUGCUGUGUUGCCGUGGGCUACGUGCAGCAAUUCCUGGAAUACUGAAACAUGCACUGAAUUUGACAAAAUGGAUAAUUCGAGCAUACCAGAGAAUGCAACCUCACCAGUUACAGAGUUCUGGGAGAGGAGAGUGUUAAAUCUUACAGGCAGCGUGUAUGAUCUGGGCAGUGUGAGAUGGGAGCUGGCUCUGUGUCUCCUCUUGGCUUGGAUCAUCUGCUACUUCUGUGUGUGGAAGGGAGUGAAAUCAACAGGCAAGGUGGUCUAUUUCACUGCUACCUUUCCUUAUAUAAUAUUGGCAGUGCUGUUGGUGCGUGGACUCACGUUGCCAGGGGCUGUUGAUGGCAUCAUUUUUUAUCUCUAUCCAGAUCCUGCACGCCUUGCAGACCCACAGGUGUGGAUGGAUGCUGGAACGCAGAUUUUUUACUCCUACGCUCUCUGCAUUGGGUGCCUCGUGGCUUUGGGAAGCUACAACAAAUACAAUAAUAACUGCUACAAGGACUGUAUUUAUCUUUGCCUGUUGAACAGUGGGACGAGUUUUGUGGCUGGUUUUGCUAUUUUCUCUGUGUUAGGCUUCAUGGCCUAUGAGCAGAAGACAGACAUCUCAACAGUGGCAGAGUCAGGUCCAGGGUUGGCUUUCAUUGCAUACCCUAGGGCAGUUGCAAUGAUGCCUGUUCCACAAUUAUGGGCUAUUUGUUUCUUUGUUAUGAUUAUUUUACUAGGACUGGACAGUGAGUUUGUGUGUUUGGAGGCACUGACGACUGCUGUAACCGACAUGUACCCCUCAUUCUUCCUCUUUGGUCAUCGGCGCAAAGGAUUCCUACUGAUCAUUUGUUUUGUGUGUUUCCUGUGUGGCCUGGUUAUGGUAACAGAGGGUGGCUUGUAUAUUUUCCAGUUGUUUGAUUACUAUUGCUGCAGUGGGAUGACACUUCUUUUAUUCGCUAUUCUGCAGUCAGUGUGUGUAGGGUGGGUCUAUGGUGCUGAUCGUUUUUAUGAAAAAAUUGAGGACAUGAUUGGCUACAAGCCACUGUUCUUAAUCAAAUAUUGUUGGAAGUACCUCACCCCUUUAUUCUGUACAGGUACACUUGUCUUCUCUCUGAUCAGAUUUACUCCUCUGAAGUUUAACAAUGUUAUUGAAUACCCAUGGUGGGGUUAUGCCAUUGGUUGGUGGUUCACACUCUCAUCAACUCUGUUGGUUCCUCUUUGGAUGAUCUAUGUGUUUCUCACUUCUAGUGGAUCACUGAAACAGCGACUACGGGCUCUCUGCACUUCAGCAAGUGACCUUAGGUAAACACUAUGCAACUGGAGGCUAUGUGGGAAUUCUUGCCCUAUAAAAACAGCAAGGACAUCCCCUGCAGCACAAAAGACAAUAGUUAAGUCAACCAUGCAUAUUUAAAAAAUGCACUUUUAUACUGGUCUGUGGCCUCUCCUCAACUGUAAAUGCUGUGAAAUUAGUGUACUACAUAUGUAGAUUUUUUUUUUAUCAACUGUAUCAGUCUGCAAAAAAUGGAAAAAUUUGUUGGAGACAAAUCACUUUUUGUGAAUGUGUAGAGUACAUUUUUCAAAUCAAAACAAAAACUCGUAGCAGCCCAUCAUAAAAGGCUAUAUCUGGUGAAAAACAGCAUUAUGAGCAUGUAUGUAGUUUACAUUAAUAAGGAAUUUUAUUGGAGAAGUGUGUAACAGGAAAAAAUUCUUCAGUUAUUAUAACAUUUAUUGUAAUUUCUUUGGCAGAAAGAUAUUGAUAUUUUAAUGACAUUUGAAAGUAAAGUCAUACAGAACAUUACAAAAAAAAAGGUUAAACUUAAACAUAUACCUUAAACUGUGCAUUUACAUGGAUAUCGCCAUGGAUUCUCUUGUCGAUAGCAUUGUUUGCUGGUAAUUUGUAAGUAGGGUUAUGUUUUAUUGCAGUAAGGUUUACUGACUUUCAACUGACUUGAAAAACAACUCCUAAAAAUUGUUACACAAUCAAUCCUUUAUUCAAAAACUUGGCAAACAUUGUGUGUGGUUGAGCAUGUGAAUGUGUGUCUCUGCCUUGAUGAAUUACAACUGCUUUUGGUAAAUACUUAUUUAUUUGAGAACAUUCUCAAUAUAACAUUGACAGACUAACCUAUUUAGCAUUGUGAUGUUUCAUGGAACAGUCUAUAGAUUUUUGUUUUGAAAUAAAAUAGCCUUGAUUAUUUCAGAUCAAGUUAUAAUUGCAAGAAAUACUCUACAUAUUUACAGAUAGUUAUUUACAAUCACAUCACAAAUAUACAUGUUGUAUAACAAAGCUAUGCUCUGUAAAGUUUAAGAGCCCUUUGAUCACCUAAACAGUGACGGAAAACUUUAUCGCAAUAUUACUGAGAUUCAAAGUGCCUUUUUAGCAUAUUAAAUUCUGCUUGUUUUCUCACUCCACUGUGUUCAGAGAAUCUGUAUUACCAGACUCUUUAUAAAACAGGAAAAAAGCAGAACCUUUGCAUUAAUUAAUGAACCAUUCCAGACAUAUGUAGUGUUUUCUCAUGACAGUUCCUCCCAGAUUUGGCUUCUUGGUGCUUGUUAAUCUUAAUGGGAAAUUUUUUUUGUAUUUUUUUUUUUCUUGCAAAAAGAUUCAAAGUCAGAACUCAUUGUUGUUUUAUCAUUUUCUUUUCAUUCCUACACUAAUAAUUAAAAUUGAAUUGAAUUUGGUCAUAAUUAAAAAUAGUUGAUUGUCUAAAAUGAUAUAAAGGCACAGAUAUUCCUUUUGUAAACCGAGAACUAUCGGUGUAAUGUCUCGAAAAUAUGGGUCGAGGACUGACUGUGACUUGAUUAGUGAUACUAAAAUUGUGCUUGGACAGCACAUUAUAAAUUGUACUAUUAACCCCAGUGCAACCCUAAAAACUUAAGUAUGCAGGUAAAUGUAGUGUAUAAAUGUUUUUGCUGAACUUACAUAUAGAACUGAGAAGCCUAGCUAAGUGUUGGUUGUUAUACACAGGAAAUGUCCCUGUUCUAGUACACACACAAAUGUGAGAAGUGGCAGUCUAACUGGAAAAAAUGCUAUUCAUGUAUGUGAGUUACUAAGAAGUAUUUUAUAAGAAACAUUGUACUAAAAACUGGGUAGGGUUCUCAUUGGUUUUUUUGUUGUUGUUUUUUUGGUUUUUUUGAGGUUCAACUCAAGAAACUCAAUUAAUUCCAAUAAAAAUUCCUUUUGAGAUUCAUGUUGCCAUAAAUGCAUCAAGAAAUUCCAGUAGAUUGUUCAUUCCUCCUUUCAUGCAAAUUUUCUGUUGUGCCACAUCCCAAGUGUUCUACUGGAUUUUGAUCUGGGGAUUGGCCACUGAAGAACACCGAGGUUCCCAUGUCAUGAAACCAGAAUGAAACAUGUAUAAUUAGUAAGGUGUGGCAUAAAAACAUAAAUACAAUGUUCAGUUUGUUUUAACAGGUAUGCAAAGAAACAUUACCAUUAAACCAUUACACCAUCCCGACCUGCUUAGACUGUUGGCACAAGGCAGACUGGGUUAAUUGAUUUAUGUUGUUGGUGCCAUAUUCUGAUUUGCCAUUUGUGUGCCUUAUCAGAAAUUGGUGCCUUUUGUUGUGUCUGUGCCCACUGCAGGCUCAGGCUUCUGUUCUUGCUUAUAGGAGUGAAACUUUGAUGUGAUGAUUGAUCUGAGAUGAUCUGAGAUGUUAUUCCACUCACAAAAAGUGUAUGGAGUAGUCGUCUGAGUUACUGUAGCUUUUCUGUUCUGAGUAAUUGCUAGAAACUGUUGUGUGUGUGAGUGGCAAUCCCAGGAGAUUCUAGGAGCACAAACAGAAAUGUUCAACCAGGCCCAUCAUACACCAGCAAUCAUACCACAGUCGAAAACACUAGGAUCACAGUUUUCCUAAUUCUAAAAUUAGAUUUAAACAAAAAAAAAAAAAAGCUGCUGUUGGCAUAUUCUGUAUCUGCAAGAUUGCAUUGCACUGCUGCCACACAAUCGACUAAUAAUUGUAAUAAUGACUAGGUGCACAGGUGUUCCUGUUAAAUUGCUCAGUGUAUAUAUUUCUUUGUAACAAUAUGGAUUUUUUUAUAUUACAUGUCUAUAAAGAAUUAUUUUUGAAACUGAAAUGUCCUGAAAAGGUUUUUGGGAAUACAUAUUUGUUGUAAAUUGUGUUGUACAAUUGGUAAAAUAUCUGAUUGUGUUUGCCAAUUUAUUGAAGAGUUUUGUACUGAGCUAAAUUUGAUAUAAUUGGUGCAUUACAAUGUCUUUUAAUGCAAUAAAUGGUACAUUAAUGGUAACACUAUUAUGUAAUUAAAGGUACUUUGUUCUCCAA